GCGCUGGUCAUCAUCCACGCUACUGUGCCAAAGUCUCACCAACCCAAAACCAAAAUCACGCCCACUCACACCCAAAUCUGAACACAUGGCCAUGUCAGACAACGAAGCGCCCGCACCCAAGCCCGAGGGCGGUGAGCAGCUGAACAUCAAGGUGAAGGAUGGAGAUGGCAACGAGGUCUUUUUCAAGGUGAAGCGCAACACCAAGUUGGGCAAACUUCGUCGUGCCUAUGCCGAUCGUAUGGGCAAGCCAGAGAACACUGUCCGUUUCAUUUUUGAUGGACAACGUGUCCAGGAUGAUGACACUGCCGAGUCCCUCGAGAUCGAGGACCAAGAUGAGAUCGACGCCAUGGUGGAGCAACUUGGCGGUCAUUGCUAGCUCUGGCGCACAUGGACAAGAAGGGAUGAUGCGCACUUCCCAUCAAUACUCUUCAGUAAUCACGACACAGAAGUGCAGGGUACUGCAUAGGCUCGGAGGGCGAGUAUGAUGGGGUCUUUAGUCGUCGAGCACCGAUGGGCGCCAUAUCAACCAGUCAGCCGACUACAAGAGGCGUGGAUGGAUGCCUUUCUUGCGCUUCAAGCCCAUCCUCGAACGACUCGUAGCCAUCACCAACAAGUCGUGCGCCACAGUCCCUAAACACCAGAGUGCAACAUCUCCACACACAGACUCGCCCCCGUCUCUGCACAAAUUCUUCAUCCCACACUCAUCUCUCGUCAUUCGCCCUCGUCCCCUCCUUCAAUGUACCAUCACGCCCGCUCUCCCGCAAUCUCACCAGCAAUGUGAGGUCUCAUCGUGACGGCCG